AUGGUGCUCGCGGCCCCGCUGCUGCUGGGCUUCCUGCUCCUCGCCCUGGAGCUGCGGCCCCGGGGGGAGGCGGCCGAGGGCCCCGCGGCGGCGGCGGCGGCCGGGGCCGGGGCCGGGACCGGGGCCGGGGCCGGGGGGGAGCGUUCGGAGCGGCCGGCCCCGUCCGCGGCGCCCGAGCCGGACGGCUGCCCCGUGUGCGUGUGGCGGCAGCACAGCCGCGAGCUGCGCCUGGAGAGCAUCAAGUCGCAGAUCCUGAGCAAACUGCGGCUCAAGGAGGCGCCCAACAUCAGCCGCGAGGUGGUGAAGCAACUGCUGCCCAAGGCUCCGCCGCUGCAGCAGAUCCUGGACCUGCACGACUUCCAGGGCGACGCGCUGCAGCCCGAGGACUUCCUGGAGGAGGACGAGUACCACGCCACCACCGAGACGGUCAUCAGCAUGGCCCAGGAGACGGACCCUGCAGUGCAGACAGAUGGCAGCCCUCUCUGUUGCCAUUUCCACUUCAGCCCCAAGGUGAUGUUCACAAAGGUACUAAAGGCCCAGCUGUGGGUGUACCUUCGGCCUGUGCCUCGCCCGGCCACAGUCUACCUGCAGAUCUUGCGACUGAAACCCCUAACUGGGGAAGGGACCUCAGGGGGAGGGGGUGGAGGCCGGCGUCACAUCCGUAUCCGUUCACUCAAGAUUGAGCUACACUCGCGAUCCGGCCACUGGCAGAGCAUCGACUUCAAGCAAGUGCUACACAGCUGGUUCCGCCAGCCACAGAGCAACUGGGGCAUCGAGAUCAACGCCUUUGAUCCCAGUGGCACAGACCUGGCUGUCACCUCCCUGGGGCCAGGAGCUGAGGGGCUGCAUCCUUUCAUGGAGCUUCGAGUCCUAGAGAAUACAAAACGGUCCCGGCGGAACCUAGGCCUGGAUUGUGAUGAGCAUUCAAGCGAGUCCCGCUGCUGCCGAUACCCCCUCACAGUGGACUUUGAGGCUUUUGGCUGGGACUGGAUCAUCGCACCUAAACGCUACAAGGCCAACUACUGCUCCGGCCAGUGCGAGUACAUGUUCAUGCAAAAGUAUCCACACACCCACUUGGUGCAACAGGCCAACCCAAGAGGCUCUGCUGGGCCCUGCUGCACCCCUACCAAGAUGUCCCCAAUCAACAUGCUCUACUUCAAUGACAAGCAGCAGAUUAUCUACGGCAAGAUCCCUGGCAUGGUGGUGGAUCGCUGUGGCUGCUCCUAAGGUGGGGGACAGUGGAUGCCUCCCUCACAGACCCUACCCCAAGAACCCAAGCCCUGGCCCCCACCCCCCCAAGCCCUAGAGCUCCCUCCACCUCUUCCCACAAGCAUCACACCUUGUUCCCUGACCAAGAAGUGUGCAAUACAACAGAGGGAGGCAGGUGGAGAUGGAGAGGUGAGGGGUUGGGGGAAAGGAAGGACAUGGUUAGGGUAGAAUGUAUCUGAGAUUUGCAGGUAGGAAGGUUCAGCAAGAAGUCAGAGAUGUAGAGACAGGAAAAUGAAAGGAGAGAUGAGGAACAGAGCAGCACUGAGAAGGCAAAGGAAUAGAGAGGUAGAAGAGAGGAGACUAGGCAGGGACAAACACUGAGAGAGACUGAAAUGGAAUAAUAAAUGAGAGCCCCACCCCAAGCCUCCUUUUUUCCACCAGCAAGGUGAGAGGCUUGGCAUAGUUUGGGGAGUUCCCCUGACUACUCAGUAGUAGUAGAUUAAAAAAAAAAAAAAAAUCCAUUCUUAGCUUCUCCCCUCUCCCUCCAACAGUGACCAGGGGAAGUUAAAUGAGGACAGGGGCAAAGUAAGGAUUCUGGAAUUUUUUUAAUUUAUUUAUUUAUUGUGACUUUUCAUUUUUUUGGUAUUUGGCUUUACUGGAAUAGGAGGGCCCCUGCCCACUAUGCUCCAUUUGUCCCUUAUUCCCCAAACCCCAUUCUUCCCUAGUACCCACCUACUUAAUUAAGCACUUGUAUAAAGCCUCCAGGGCUGGGAAAGGGAGUAAAGGGCAAGAGGGCUGAUGCAUGUUAAGUUUCUAUCCCAUAAUCACACUUCUUGAGCCAAAUGGGUUGAACUGAGUGGUCAUGGAAACAGUUAAGUUAGGAUUUAGGAGCUGGGGGAAGGGGAGCCCUCAACAUCCAGGAUCUAUGAGAGCCACUAAGCUAACCCUCAGGCCUACCUUCAUAAUAUUAUUUAGGCAGAGGGUUCAGCCUGCUUAUACCCAAAUUCCCCUCAGCCAACAGACCAAAGAGCCUGUGGAAUGCCCCUGCUCCCAGCCUCUAUCUUCAGGUCAAUAAAGAGUAGAAGUCCCAGAGUCCCCCACAUCUGGGAAGGUGAUGGGUCAAGAAAGCACUGAGGCUGAAGGUUACAGGGCAUUUGAAUCCACAUCACUGCCCUGGGCUAGGGAAAUACAGCCAGCAGACCAAGGUGGAAGGGAUUCUGGAGGGGGACAGCUUAGUCCCCCUACCCCAAAGCUCAGGGUGGAAGGAGGGAGCAGAGUGUCUAUAAUUUUUAUUUUUGGAAUAUAGCAGUACCUAGCAGCAGGGAGGGGACAAUAUAAUGGGGAAAAGCAUAUGACAAGGCCAGUUACAGCAGAGGAUGAGGACUCCCUGGUUUGGAAAACUAGGAAGCAGGCAGAGACUACUUGCCAUUUCCAAAUCACUAGCAUUCUUCCCACAAUCCUGACCAACCCUCCUCUGGACUUAACUGCGCCUCAGUUUCUACCCCUUGAUGGAAUAAGAAAUAGCAGCACCAGCCACAGCCAAGAGAUGAAUUCUGAGCACUUACCACGGGCACUUUAUGGACACAAAAUACCUCUCGCUGUGGAACUAGAUAACCAGGGCACCAGACUGGUGGUGAAGAGAUGUGAGGCUUAAAGAAGUCACAGGUAUCAGAGAACAAGUUCCCCUUCUGCCUUCCAGCUGGUCAGUGCCUGAAGGAGCUAAGAAUCUCCACACCCUAUCCAUACCUCACCAGUGGUCUCUUGGCUCUAGACAAGAGUCUAGAGAAUGGAGAAGGGGUACCUACAGCAAAAUGAUCAUACUAAGUAUAGCAGUUCUGGUCUGGUACAAACAGUACUGAAGCAAAGCCUGAGCUGGUGAACAGACCAGGAAGGUUGGUUCUUCAUGAGAGCAUGUCUCUCCCACUUGGACCAGACCACCAAAGGGACAAAGGUAUGCAGUUAUCCUAGGGAAGGUGAUGUCGGUGAGCUCUAGCAUCUUACUCCUACUCACAGUGAGAAAAUAAGGUGUUUCUGGAGAGGGAAAUAGGCAGGGGCCGUUAAGCUUUUCACCUCAUCUCCCAUACAGCACCUAGGCUAACCCCAGGCCUCUUCUCUGUGACCCUGUUCCUCAUCCUUCUUUCUGCCCCAAUCUUGGAGAAAAAGACAUUUGACCAUCAACACCAAUCACAUUCCUUUGGUGGAAGAAGAGCAGAAAAAUGAAGAGAAGAUGUUUCCCUUCAAGGUCAAAUGCCUCCUGAUCUUGAAAAAGGUGGGGGUUGGGCAAUGAGGUAUCAGGUACCUUUUCUCUAGAGAGCUGGGGCAUUCAAUUUGUGGGACCCUUAAAUAUUGCCCCUUUAUUAACAAACAGAGACCUUUGCAAGGGGGAGGAGUUCUCUUUAUAAAUCUAUGAAGUCACAGUCCCAGUCCUCUUAUACCCUAAGAAAUACCUAAGAGGAAUAAAAAGGCUGAGGACACAGCCAGCAAUUCAGUGGGAGCUGGCACCUCCUCGCCCACCUGUGUGUGACCUGGCCAGUGCCCCUCUGAACAGAUCAUUAGUGUAAUUCUUAUUUUGUGUAUUUGUUACAUCAUGUGCGUGGUUAAGAAUGUUUGAGGAGUAUGGGGCUGAAAAGGGCACUGGAAUCCCAAGAAAGGACUUCACUGAGAUCAAGGCUUCCUGGAAGGAACCACUGCAAAAAGGCCAUCAGGCAAGUUUUCAAGUUAUGUGACAGGGCAAAGAUGGCCAUAGGGUGCUCUGAGUUUUGGGAUGGUCACAUGACACAAUCCAGCACUUGAACCUGAAAAUUUUAAAAUAAAAGCAAAGAGUUUAGAAUUCAGUAAUAAACUCUUCUCCCUAAUCAAGCACCCCAUUUAUAUCUGGGAGACCAGGAACUGAAGAAGCUCUGAGAGAAAACUUUGCUUUAGGACUAAGAAGAUGAGAUCCUUGGAGCAAGAAAGCACUAAGGGUGUGUGGGAUGAGGGUUGGGACGUGCAGUUGAAGGGUGGGAAAAGGAGGGGUUUACAAUUCUCUGGAGUAGUAGAUAGAAAACAGUUUCAAAGAUUACAAAAAACAUUCCACAGCCUCCAGAGAAAAUCUAAAUAUUCUCUUGAAACAAUCCAGCUACUGACUGUAAUACUCAGCAAUCCCUAAUCCUAGGACUGCCCAGCCGUGUUGUCAAAACAAAACGACAGAUAAGCAUCUCAAUGUUCCCGUGAGCCUACAGCACAAUUCCCAAGGAGUAGCAAGAGAACCCUGACUGGGUUACCCUAAGGAUUCAAUGUGAUACCAUGCUUUCCCUACCCCACCAUCAGUUGUAUCAACAGACUGGGAACAGGUGAGGUUGAAACUGGAUGAGCAUUAAAAGUAUUGUAUCUUCUCCCAA